CAUGUGGACUGACGUUGGGUCUCCUGUUAAUAAUUCGUGCUUCUAGUUCUCAGCUCCCGACGUUGUCGUUGUGCAAAUCUAAAACUUCCAGCUCUCCUCUACUCUGAAAGUCAGCAAGACAAUCAAGAAAUAUAGUGACAGUUCUUGUUGACUCCUGAUCUCCAAUCUAAUCAAGCAUCAUGGGUUCUGCUUCUAAAGUCCUCUCUGUGCUUGCUCGUAUUUCAGAACUGGUGUCCUCUGUCAUUGUUCUGGGGUUACUGGGUCGAUUCCUCUACCUUUUAAGCGAGGCAAAUGUGUAUGCGGAUUCCAGGAUCAUCUACACCACGGUUGUGGCCUCUAUCAGCGCAUUUGUUUCAAUCAUUCUGUUCAUUCCUUUUACAUACUCAUUCCUCGCCUUCCCUCUUGACUUCAUAUUAUUUGUUCUAUGGCUCGUGGCAUUUUGUCUCCUGGAAGCGCUGACCGGGACCCAUGCUUGUUCUGCAAGAUGGUAUUGGAACUACUGGGGGUAUUAUUGGGGGGGGUAUUGGAGGGAUCCAAUCGUUGUGGGAAGUCCUGCGGAUAUUAAUUGGGCGGGAUGCUCGUCCUGGCAAGCUGUGCUUGCGUGGACGUUUAUAUCAUCCAUGCUGUUUUUACUCAGUUCCUGUCUGGGAGCUUAUGUUGUUUUGAAAUACCGAGAAGAAAAGAAGGAAAGAGGUACAAUUCAUAAUGGCACAGUAAAUAAUGGCACGGAAAAGAAUGGCACAGUACAGAACGGCAUAGUACAGAAUGGUACAGUACAGAAUGGUGCAAUACAGAGCGGCACCCGGGAUCACGUCUAAACGUCAUUCCUGCGAUAAUGGUGAUAUUACGACCAGAAGGUUGCACAAAGCAUGGUAGGAUCCCCAUUUAUGUAUCGGGCAAUUAUCGUAUGCGGGUUCGAAGAUCUGGGAACGAGUACAGGCGAAAAGAUGAGAGCUAUCGCUGGUGCUGCCUGAUUCAUAGGAUUGGUUGUCACUUUCGAGCUGAGUGUAUUGGUAUGGUGUCAAUUCCACUACUGUCAUUUAGGCGCAUGAGCCCCAAACCUGAAAUUUGCCUCAAGAA